CAGCGAAGAUUCCCUACCUCAUGUGGAGCCCAAGUACCUGGUGUUUGAGACCUGCUUGUUGCAGCUUUUCGAGGUUUGUCCACUGUGCAAUGGUGAGGCAGCAGGUGAGGUCAGCCAUAUGAAAGGGAGUUUGGUUGCCAUCAAACAACGAUGCGUACAUAAGCCAAACUGUGGCUAUACCCGUCAGUGGUAUAGCCAGCCUUUCAUUGCUGACCUUCCUGCUGGUAACCUCAUGUUGUCAGGGGCAAUACUUUUUGCUGGUGCUUCCCCCAAGAAAGUGUUGAGGGUGUUGUCCUCUGCAAGUAUCGCUGGCAUCUCCUACUCCACCUUCAUGCAGCACCAGCGACGUUACCUUCAGCCUGCUAUCAUCAACACUUGGGAGAAGAUGCAGGGGGUAUGCGGGAACAGCUUCAAGAGCUGGGGGAACCUCUUGUGCUCGGUGGAGAUGCCAGAAAUGACAGCCCGGGGCAUACGGCCAAGUACGGUUCGUACACAUUCAUGGAGAUGAAUAUCAACAAAGUCAUCCAUGUAGAAUUGGUUCAGAAAAGUGAGGUGGCCAACAGCUACAACAUGGAGCUGGAGGCUCUGCGCCGGGGACUGGUCUGGGUCGAACAGACAGACCUUGAACUUGGUACUAUCAUCACGGACAGGCACGUCCAAGUCAGAGCCUGGAUACGCCAGAACUUGAAAGAAGUGCAACACUACUUUGACGUCUGGCACAUAUCAAAAGGUUUAAAGAAGAAACUACGGGCUGCUGGGAUGAAAAAGGACUGUGAGCUGCUCCACCAGUGGACGAAAUCCAUCACCAACCACAUGUACUGGGUGGCCAGUUCUACACCAGAUGCUGGCCAAGAGGUGAUGGCUGCCAAGUGGUCAUCCAUGAUUAACCACAUCAUGAAUAUACAUGACCACGAGACUGAUGUGUUUCCACAGUGUCUUCACGGCCCUUUGGCUGAGGUGGAUGAGCGCAUAGCAUGGAUUCUUCCAAAUUCCACGGCAGCUGACGAAGUCAUCAGGAUUUGCCAAUCAAAGUACCUCCUGAAGGACAUCAAAAUGAUGUCCCCGGCACAACAAACCUCAUCAGUGGAGGCCUACCAUGGGACGAUUAAUUAUUUUGCUCCCAAGCUGUAUGUAUACAGCUACCAAGGGAUGCAUGCCAGACUUCUUUUAGCCGCCAUGCACUUCAAUGAGAAUUCUGGUAGAGCCCAGAGGAAGAAGAAGGACGGAACGGAGCAGUGGAGCAUCUCUCAUCCAAGAGGGAGGGACACCUACGUGCUGAGGAAAGUUCUGGUGAACCCAACGUAUGAGUAUGUUCAUGAGCUCUUUUCGGAAUCUACCAGACUUGCUCUUUCAAGAAAUACAAAUCUAAGAGAAGAAACUCCAUUGCUCUGCAAUGUACCUCCACCAAUGUCCACUUCCAUGGAGCGCCCAACCAUGGAUGAAGCAUUGGAGCGUGAGAAGAGCCGAUUUGCCAAAGGGCCAUAACAUUUGAAUAGACCAGUUCACGGUUAGCACAUAUCUGCAAUGACCCUGAA